UUGGCGGAAGGACGGCGAGUGUCCACUUUGAUCAGCUGUCACAUUUCCUUCACUGUGUUGCAAGGAAGACAAAAUGGGUCGCCGUCCCGCUCGUUGCUACCGUUACUGCAAGAACAAGCCGUACCCAAAGUCACGGUACUGUCGUGGUGUUCCAGACCCCAAGAUUCGUAUCUUUGACCUUGGAAGGAAGAAGGCUGGUGUCGAUGAAUUCCCUUGCACCGUUCACUUGAUUUCGGACGAGCACGAGCAGAUCUCUUCGGAGGCUCUGGAGGCGGCCCGUAUUACGGCUAACAAGUACAUUGUUAAGAUGGCCGGAAAGGACUCCUUCCACAUGCGUGUGCGUGUACACCCCUUCCACGUCACCCGUAUGAACAAGAUGUUGUCUUGUGCCGGAGCCGAUCGGCUUCAACAAGGUAUGCGUGGAGCGUUCGGUAAACCCCAGGGUCUUGUUGCUCGGGUCUCCAUCGGUCAGGUACUAUUAUCUGUACGGACAAAGGACAGCAACAAGGCAGUCGUCACCGAAGCCCUUCGUCGUGCCAAGUACAAGUUCCCUGGUCGUCAAAAGGUUUUAUUGUCAAACAAAUGGGGUUUUACCAAGCUGUCCCGCGAGGACUACGUUGCGGCUCGCCAAGCUGGCAUGCUUCAACCUGACGGCUGCUACGUUAAAUAUCUAGCUGAGAAGGGGCCCCUGCAGGCUUUUUUCGACCGCCAGGAGAGACUUGCUGCAUAGAGGGGGACCGCGUCUAUUGGGUGGCACAUUGAUUGUGAAUACAUACCGUUUUCAGUUUCAGAGCGA